CGGCCGCAGUAGCCUCUACCUCUACCUCUCUCGCUUCGCUCGGCUCUGCCCCAGGAAACCCUCGAAAAGCGGCGGCGGCGGCGCACGCGACAUGGCGGAGGUCGAAGCAUCGGCGGCGGCGGCGGCUGUGGAGACGACCCCGGAGGUGGCGGCAACCGAGGGCGGCGGCGCGGCGGAGGCGAAGGCGCCGCACAAGCUACACAGGCAGUGGACCUUCUGGUACGACAUCCAGUCGAAGCCCAAGCCCGGCGCCGCGUGGGGCACCUCCCUCAAAAAGGCGUACACGUUCGGCACCGUCGAGGAGUUCUGGAGCUUGUAUGAUCAGAUUUUCCGUCCAAGUAAGUUGUCAGGGAAUGCUGAUUUCCAUUUAUUCAAGGCUGGAGUAGAGCCAAAAUGGGAAGACCCAGAGUGUGCAAAUGGUGGCAAAUGGACUGUCCCAUGCAACAGAAAGGCAACCUUUGAAACCAUGUGGCUUGAAACGUUGAUGGCUCUUAUUGGAGAGCAGUUUGAUGAAACCGAGGAAAUUUGUGGAAUUGUUGCUAGUGUCCGUCAGAGAGGAGAUAAGCUUGCAUUGUGGACUAGGACCGCCAGCAAUGAAGCUGUCCAGGUAAACAUUGGCAAGAAAUGGAAGGAUGUCAUUGACUACAGUGAUAAGCUCACCUACACUUUCCAUGAUGACUCCAGAAGAGAGAAACCAAGCAGAGGUGGACGGUACACCGUGUAAGCGCAUCAUGGAAGAUCAUGGCUUGGACAUUGGGUUGAAGUUUUCUGCUUAGAUUGACGCCUUCUUUGCCUCAGCCUACUCGAGGCAAUUAUCGGAUCUAUUAUGUUGUUUUGGUCUUAGACAGCUUAUGUGGUACAAGAAAGAUAUGCUGGAGAAACCAUGACGAUUUUGUAUGCCACUGAGUUUCUAUCAUAAUAUGCCCAGAUUCCAACAA